UGCUUUACAGUGUGUUUGCCAUAAUCAUCAGUGUCUAUCGAUCUUCUACUUCUUCUGUUUCGUCAUUGCGUUUGUCACCAGCAUGUCGACCAUUGAUUUUGACCAUCUUUCCAAUCUGAUUCCUGCCUCUCUGUCACCUGAGAGCGCAGAAGAGCUCGCCACGGCCCUCUCCACCGGCCGCUGGUGGGCUAUCAUGGAGGUUUUACACCCCAUCGAUGAGGAGCGUCAGUUUGACCUCACUUCAGUUCACCAGAGUCAAACUGUGGAGGACGCGUCUUCUGCGUCUGGUCCAGCAGAGACAGCAGAUGCGUCCUCCGUCCCUGAGGCCUCAGAUGAGCUCGCCACUGCCCUCGCUGCAGGGGCUAUCGUAGAGGUUGAGCACCCUAUUGAGGAGCCUCAGGUUGACAUCUCCUUAGUGCCGUUUUUGGAGGCACCAGAAACAUCACCAGGAGCUUCUGUGCCUGAGAACGGGGAACCCACCACAUCCCCAGUCCUCAAGAGCCAGAUAGAGUCGCCUGGAGCUCCCGUAUAUGCCGAGUCUGACACCCCGGGCUUUCUUUUUUUCGGAAAUCAAAACCCCACGCCUGCUGAGCCAGCUUUGGCCCCACCUGUCUCUUCUGACAACAGAGACGUGUUUCAGACGGUUUCAGCGGAACCUAAAGAUUAUAGAAGAUUUCGAAGAGUUUCGAGGUGUCGCCGGUCUUCAACUCUGCUGAAGAUAAGGGAGGCAUGGCUUAAAGAAUUUGCGAAACACAUGCCUCUUCAGAACCAGCAGCAUGUGGAGGCUGUAGCCAGUAGGGGACAAAAUCGAAUCCCUGAACCACAACCUGAGGAGCAGCCUGAAAGACCUCUGCAGAGAGAUGUAAAUGAAUUAAUCCAUGAGAUUCUUUCUGGUCUUCAGCCUGCUCGUCCUCCUAGAGAAAUCAGAGAACCGGAUGAAGCAUUUGUGAAUCAGAUGCCUCAUCAGAACCAGCAGCAUGUGGAGGCUGUAGCCAGUCGGGGACAAAAUCAGAUUCCUGUACCACAGCCUGAGGAGCAACCUGAAAGACCUCAGCAGAGAGAUUUAAUAAUAAAUGGAAGAGUCCGUGGGGUUCUGCGUGGUCUUCAGUCUGCUCGUCCUCUCAGAAGAAUGAGAGAACAGGAUGAAGCAUUUGUGAACCAGAUGCCUCAUCAGAACCAGCAGCAUGUGGAGGCUGUAGCCAGUAGGGGACAAAAUCGUAUCCCUGAACCACAGCCUGAGGAGCAGCAACAGAAUGAACCUGAGAGACCUCAGCAGAGAGAUUUAAUAAUAAAUGGAAGAGUCCGAGGGGUUCUGCGUGGUCUUCAGUCUGCUCGCCCUCUCAGAAGAAUGAGAGAACAGGAUGAAGCAUUUGUGAACCAGAUGCCUCAUCAGAACCAGCAGCAUGUGGAGGCUGUAGCCAGUAGGGGACCAAAUCGGAUCCCUGAACCACAGCCUGAGGAGCAGCAACAGAAUGAACCUGAGAGACCUCAGCAGAGAGAUUUAAUAAUAAAUGGAAGAGUCCGUGGGGUUCUGCGUGGUCUUCAGUCUGCUCGUCCUCUCAGAAGAAUGAGAGAACAGCAGGACGACAUUGUCAAUCUCCAGAACCCUCCUCUCCGGCAACCUCGGCCUGGUCCACCGCCUAUCUACAUUCGCAGGUCGGUGGUGGGCAGCAUUGGAGAUUUUGCACGCCAUUGAUGAGGAGCCUGAAAGAUCAGCCUCAAAGAUGAACAAAUAAAUCAAUAAAGAGAUUUUUAAACA